AUGACACUAGAAAACAGUGAUGAUGACCUUGCGGGCGAGCCUGACGAAGAGAAGCCUAGGACUUUUGCAGCGACGGCACGGAUGUUCAAGCUGAGACGGAAUCUGUACCAGCUGGACAACUUCCAGAGACAGAAGGAACGCUCCUUGUUGAAAGCCAGAGAGGACCUUAACCUCUUACGUCAGAGCAUUGAGACUCUACUUGAGCAGCGGGAUGUCUUGGAGCAAGAAAUAAAACAUCAAGAAGCAGCAGAGAACAGCGUUGCAGUUAUUCGUUUACGGGCUCAGCAUAAGAAUGUGUGUUACGAGCUGCAAAGGGAAGAGGAGAUUGAAGCUCACACCAACAACGAGCUGAGGCAACAAGAAUUAGCACUGAGUGAGUUUGAGUUGGAGGUCGGCAAGUUCUCUGUGCUGAGGCAAGAGGUGCAAGAGGAGGAGCGAGUCUACCAUGUCCUCAAAGCCCAGAAUGCAGUGAAAAGGCUAGAGCAGGAGAAAAACAACAGUCAUACCCUGCGGCGGAAGAUUCAACAGCUCAAAAAGAAAAAUGUAGACGUGCCAGAGAAACCGGACACUUUGGUCAGGAAGAAAUCUGAAGAUGGCGGGGCGAACCGUGAAAAAGGGGCUAAGUACUUGAAGGAAACAAUCAGAAGGAUGCAGCAGCAAGAGGCUGAGCGAGAGCAGAAGAAGAGGGAGUCAAUGCAAAAGAGAAUAGAGGCUGUCAAGUUACUGAAAUCGAACAUUGAAGCAACCCAAGAAAACCUACGGGUCAGGCAGAGCCGAGCCAAAGCAAACACCCUGAAGAAAGAAAGGCAAGAGAAGCGUCUGAAAGAAUCCAUGCACGCCCAAGGCCUCAACAGCACCAGGCACAUAUACCAACAAAAACGAGACGAGGAAGUGAAACGGCAGCAAGAGGAAUUCAAGGAGAGACAAAAGGCGAGGAGAGUAGAGAUUGUGGACAAGCUCCUCGAGGAGCAGCUGGUGAAGAACAGAAAAGCACGCCAGGCACCACAGCCCAAAACCAAACCUGGUCAAAAAAUCUUAUCCCCGGGCAGGAUAAAAGAGAGGCUGCUGCGUUACCUGGAUUCGUUAAGAAAGUUAAGUGCGAGCGGCUCCUCGUCAGAUUCAGAGUACCAGGAAGACAUCAUCGAGAAGGAAAUGCAGCACCUGAGCCUCCCCGAUAGCCUUGAAGAGCCUGAGUUCUGUGGGCUUUGGGACCAAAGUUAUAAGCUCCCUUUGAAUGAGAAGAAAACAGCUGCAGUGGUCUGCCCGAAGCUCAGAAAAACGCCCAAAAAAGGUGUUGGUAAGCAGAUAAAAGGGCCCUCUUUCACCAGUAAACCAGAAGUCAUCCUUUUUAAGGAUUUUGAAGUGGGGGAAACCUAUAAAAAGAAAGUAAUACUGACAAACAUCAGCAACAUCACCAAUCACUGCAAGUUUCUUGAGAUCUCCGCUCAACUGCAGGAUUUUAUCAUAAUUAACUUUCAACCUCCUGGUCCUUUAUCGACUGGGAUGUCAUGUGAGAUGCACAUUACUUUCCACCCUUCGAUCAAUGAGGACCUGGAAGGAGAGGUUGCCUUUGCUUCAGCAGAAAGUAACUUUUUUGUGGCUGUCAAAUGCACCAUAAAGAGAUGUGAUUUAGAGGUGGACAGCCAGUUUAUCGACUUUGGUUCGCACGUAGUGGGACAAACCAUUUUACGGACUAUCACUUUGACCAACAAGGGUGCACUUGCAACCCGUUUCAGCCUGGACACUACCAAGCCCGUUCCGGAAAUUCACCAGGUCCAGAUUCCAUCACAUUGCUCGGCCGACACACAGCAGUGUAAAAUAAACUAUUCAUGUGAUGAUGGAGGACAGGACACACCUUGUGCUGAUCAGAACCAGAGUGCUGCAUCCAUUCCCACCAGUAUGGAUCAUGUUUUGGAUAGGUCUACUGUAUCCCGGCAGUGCCAGCGAGAAUCACAGAUUUCAACUUCAGAUCCAAGAGCUGCUUCUGUGGCUUCCAGCAUCCAUUCCCAGAUCCAAGACGGCCUGUCUGACUCUUGUGACAUACGUAUAGGAAAUGUAAGAGAAGGGGAUAUUGGACCAUUUGAAAGUGUGAAACUGGAAAUAAUAUUCUCUCCGACUGUUCCUGGAGAAGUCAAAUUGGACCUUUACAUCAAGUUUUCAGAUCCAACCAGCUACCCAAUAGCCAUCCUGGUGAAGGGUGAAGGAGUGGGCCUCCCAGUCUGGGUUGUCGAACCCAAUAUUGACAUGAAGAUCUGCAUGUUUGACCGCCUUUAUCAGGAGGAGGUCACACUCCAAAGCAGCACCAGCACAGCCUUGAAGCUUACUUUUGACUUGUGGCCAGAGAUGAGGAAACACAUGGAGAUUAUCCCAAGGACUGGUUUUCUCCAGGCUCAGUCAAGCUUCACUGCUCACCUCAAGUUCCUGCCAAGAAACACCUUACCCGAAGACGCUGACAAGUAUUUUGACAGUGCUACUGGUGUCCUAGAGGUUCCAAUGGCUGUUCAAGUUGCGGGGCAGGUGCAGCCUGUCAUUUACACUGUCCAAGCAAUUGUGACAUCGUCUGACUUGAACUUUGACCAGAGCGAGGUGGACUUUGGCUAUUGUUCUAUCUACCAGUCAGUCAAGAGCAGUGUUCGCAUGACCAACAUGUCCCUGCUACCUCAAGAGUUUGGCUUCGUUGGUCUUCCAGAGUUUGUUGACGUCCAACCUAAUGACGGUUUUGGCACUCUCCUCCCGCAAGAAACACUGGAGGUCGACAUCAUUUUCAGCGCUAACAAAGCCAAAGAGUACCGUUUCAGUCUCAACUGCAAAUCAGGAAUUAACAGAGUUUUUCCCCUGGCUUGCCGCGCCAUGGGCGUCUGCCCAACGUUGGCGCUCUCCCAUUCGCUGGUGCAGUUCGGACCAACGGCCGUGGGCGACCACUCCACCGCUCUUCUUUAUCUUACUUAUAACCAAACCGUCCGAAACCAGUCCAAACAACGGCCGUCCGCUGGAGCAAGGCUGUUUUCUUUCACCUCGCCUCAAGACUCCAGCAUCAGGAUCACUCCUGCAGCAGGGCGACUGUUGCCUGGGAAGAGAUGUUUAGUCCUGGUCACAUUUAAACCUAAACUGGAAGACCGAGAUAUCAAGGAAGAAGCCCAGCGUCUCCUUCUCAAAGCCAAGAAGACCAAUGAGGAAGACAGUAAAAAACUCCUUGAAGAACAGAUACCAGUGGUGGGAAGGGCCCAGAAGCGACUCCACUUCUUGAGAGUGCUCAAGAAGAACCACCUGGAACAGAAGCUGCUGGUGUCUUUCGACAGAGCCGCGGUGGAGAGCAUAUUGCAUCACGUGUGGUAUGCUGGGUGCACAGCAGCAGACAGGAAAUCCUUACAGAGAGCCAUCAACACAGCCCAGAAGAUAAUCAGCUGCCCUUUGCCCUGUCUCGAGGAGAUCGCCUCCUCUCGCUACCAAAAAGAGCUAAUAAAAUCAUUAAGGACCCUUAUCAUCCCGGCCACCACCUCUUUGACCUGCUGCCCUCCGGCCGACGCUACAGAGUGUCACAGUGGGCAAAAACACCUCCUCCACUCUCACCAUCAACACCGGGCCCCUCAAGGGUGUGUUCUGAGCCCUCUGCUUUACACCCUGUACACUCAUGACUGCUCCGCCUCCUCUACAUCCAACCUCAUCGUCAAGUUUGCCGACGACACCACAGUGCUCGGACUCAUCUCCAACGACGAUGAAACGGACUACAGAAGAGAGGUGCAACAUCUUGAGUCAUGGUGUCACAAAAACAACUUGGCUCUAAACACAAAGAAAACCAAAGAGAUCGUGGUGGAUUUCCGUAAGGGGAGUCACAUCAUCCAUCAGCCUCUUACUAUCGGCAACGAUGUGGUGGAGAAGGUGAGAAGCUUUAAAUUCCUGGGGGUAACAGUGACUGAGGACCUAUCCUGGGGGGACCACAUCUCCACAGCGGUGGGCAAGGCACAACAACGCCUCUAUUACCUGAGGAAGCUGAAGAGCACUAACAUCCCCAGACCACUGAUGGCAGACCAGCAGGCGCUCCAGCGCGUGGUGAAAGCUGUCGGGAGAAUCAUAGGAAUGACUCUCCCUGAGAUCAGCACCAUCUACUCCACUCGCUGUUUGAGAAGAGUGCACAACAUCCUGCGAGACCAGCACCAUCCUGCUCACAACCUUUUCCACCUACUGCCCUCAGGUAGAAGAGGUCAAAGGUUCGAGGAGGCAAGGGCGUCUCUGCUGCACUCCUUCACCUCGCGCUACAAUGAGUACACCAUCCCCUGCUUUGUGUCAGACGGAGACCCACCCGAGGAAGACAGGCAAGCACAACCAGCGUGGAGUCCUCUUAAUACGCUCUACUUGAAGCUGCAGUGCCCUGCUGUACAGCCUCCUCUAGUGGUGGUAUCCAGCAAUAUCAGAAAUUAUGCCUUGGAUUUCCAGCAAGUGGCAGUAGGAGAACGAGUGAUUAAAAGGUUUUCCGUGCAGAACAUUUCUGAGGAAUCUUUAGAGCUGAGAUCUUCAUUGCUGGAUAUAUAUGGCCCUUUUUUACUCCUCAAUGCUCUGAGAGCCAUCGGGCCUGGGGAGAAACACACCCUGGCUUUGGCUUUCUGUCCUACGUUGGAAAAAAAGUACUGUGAGACUCUAGAGGUGCGCUGUCAUAAAAUGACCCUUGCUGUGACUCUGCGAGGGGAAGGAGUGGUUCCUGCUAUAACCUCCUCCCAUUCUGGAGGUCUCUUGGAUUUUGGCUAUGUGCUCGAGAAGGAGAGCACCUCACAUGUCCUGAAGCUCCAGAACAGUUCGACUGUUGCAGUGGGUUUCAAAGCCAUGUUGUACAGCCUAACGCCAUCUGAAACUCGGGGUCCUGAUGAGAGGGUGGCCAUAUUGUUAGGUGGUUACACAGACUCCAAGAUUCAGCCUGUUGUGGGGACCCAGAACUACAAUGGGCUUAGUGUUUUCAGUGUUCUGCCUGUGGAGGGAAGCAUUGCUGCAAAACAAAGCCAGGAUGUCAUUGUCACCUUUCACCCCGAUCACCCCUCUGUCAACUAUUCCGAUCAACUCACCAUUGAACUUGUUAAUAAGAGUAAACUGUGCGUUCUGGAUCUGAAGGGUGCGGCGUCAUCACACAAUAUGUAUCUACAAGGAGGAGACCAACUUGCAGUUCCCAUUGAAUCCCUUCUUCCUCCACCAAUAACAAGUCAACAAGGACCCUCAGAGGACACGGACAUCCCUGUCCUGGUCACCCUGCGAGCCAGCUAUAGCAUGGGGACCAUCAGACCUGCAGUCAGAGAGUUGCAACUGGAGUAG